AUGGAUGUCAGGGGAGCUAUCCAGUUGCUUACCCUGCUUGUUGCUACUCAGGCUCAGAAGCAGGGAACAAAUGCUAUUGAUGGGACAGGUAGUUCCAGGUCCAAGGAAUUCCUCAACAUAAAACCUCCAAUUUUCACAAGAUCCAAAAAGGAGGAGGAUCCGCAAAACUUCAUUGAUGACGUUCAGAAAAUAUUUCGAUUGAUGCAUGCUAUAGACACAGAGGCAGCAGAAUUUUCUGCAUUCCAGGCUAAGGAAUUGUACUUGAACAAUGACAUGACCAUUACUAAGAUGGUUGCCUUUGUUCAAGGGAACGAAGACAGGCUAAAGGAAGAAGAGUGGCUACAGAAGGAGAAGGACAGGGAAUUCAGCAAGAGAGCUAAGUCUGCAGGGAAUUUCAGCCAUGGGGGAUCUCAAGGAGGUCCUAACCGUUAG